AUGGCUUAUUGGCUCGGACCCUUGCCGCAAGAGCCAUGGGUAAGUGACCACACGGGUCAGAUUGAAACCCAAGCCCAUGGGCUCCCCGACAUCGAAGAUACACCCUUGCUCCUGGAAGAGAUUCAGUUGACCCACUUCACCAAGUUCGAAUACUGGGUAAACGAUAUCGGUCGAAUUCUCGCCACCUGGAACCUAGACCUGUUGAUCGACAUAACCAUCCCCCGCCCCGCUCGAGACUCGCCUGAGUUCGCAGCAUGGGACAGAACUUCCCGAGGAGUUCGCUAUUGGAUUGCCUGGAACAUGCACGUCAUCCUGGUUGGAAUGGUAGACCGCAUCCACGGACCUAGUGACUAUGCCGAUGAGUUUAUGCAUCGCAUCCAGUUGACCUUCCAUGAGGUUCGACGCUGUAUGCCAAUUCGACGGCGUCCCCCCGUGCGAAGGAUGAUGGCAGCCUUGAACAAAGUCACACAGUGCAAGAGAGACGAUUGGCCCACUGCAACGGCCUUCAUCCAUGAAUUGAUCCUUUUGUACAGGGAUUCCAAGCGAUACCAUCUCCUUCUCCAUCCGUUUCUGCCACUAACAGUCAUGUUCAAUGAGUUGAAAAAUGAGUUUCUGGCGAUAAUUCGAGCAAAGAUCCGAGAUGUCGAGAACAUGCCACAUGGAGGCCGGUUUCUCAGCACUACCGAGGUCGUUAUGGUGUGCAGUGAUAUUCUGAAUCGGAUUGACCCUACACCCCAGCCCCAGGCCCGGCCAGUCGAAGAAGACGACGACGAUGGUGAUGAUGAUGGUGAUGAUGAUGGUGAUGAUGAUGGUGAUGAUGAUGGUGAUGAUGAUGGUGAUGAUGAUGGUGAUGAUGAUGGUGAUGAUGAUGGUGAUGAUGAUGGUGAUGAUGAUGGUGAUGAUGAUGGUGAUGAUGAUGGUGAUGAUGAUGGUGAUGGUGAUGAUGAUGGUGAUGGUGAUGAUGAUGAUGAUGAUGAGGAGGAGGAGGAGAGUGGGUCAGAGUCGUCGGGCUCUGAGGAGAUGGAAUCAGACAUGUCGGAUUGCGAGGAGCCAGAGCUGCCACAGCAUGAGCAGAUGAAUGAUGAGGCGAUGGAUGAAUUGAGGGAUGAUGAAUCGAUGGACAAUGAAUCUGUGAUCAGCAUCAUCACCAUCUCAAGCUCGUGA